GGAGGAGCCUCCGAGCGUCCGGAGACCGGGUAGCCUAACUAACUGUAGUUUGUAUCGACUUCCUUCUCGGGAGGUGGCGCUAAUGUACACGAGGGUGAGCCGAAGAAGAAGCCAUCGGCAGUAAUAGAAGAAGAAGAAGAAGAGAAAGAGAAAGAUGGCGGAGGCGCAGCCGAGCGUUGCUCCGUGCGGGGACAUGAUGGCGGCCCCUCGGGAGGACGAGAAGGCUGCACGUGAGAAGAAAGCAGUGUGUUUGAUCGUUCUCGGCAUGGCCGGAUCCGGAAAGACAACCUUUGUUCAGAGGUUGACGGCUCAUCUUUACGCUGUCAAAAGUCCUCCGUACCUCAUCAACCUGGACCCCGCCGUCCACGAGAUCCCCUUCCCUCCAAACAUCGACAUCCGAGACACGGUGAACUACAAGGAGGUGAUGAAGCAGUACGGCCUGGGGCCCAAUGGCGGCAUCGUGACCUCGCUCAACCUGUUUGCUACUCGCUUUGAUCAGGUGAUGCGGUUCCUGGAGAAGAAGCAGCACGAUCACCGGUACGUGCUCAUCGACACCCCGGGUCAGAUCGAAGUCUUCACGUGGUCGGCGUCUGGAACCAUUAUCACGGAAGCUCUGGCGUCGUCCUUCCCCUGCGUGGUGGUCUACGUCAUGGACACGUCCCGCAGCGUCAAUCCCGUCACCUUCAUGUCCAACAUGUUGUACGCUUGCAGUAUCCUGUACAAGACCAAGCUGCCUUUUAUUGUAGCCAUGAACAAGACUGACAUCAUCGAGCACAGCUUUGCGGUGGAGUGGAUGCAGGACUUUGAGGUUUUCCAGGACGCUCUAAACCAGGAGACGUCGUAUGUGAGCAACCUAACCCGGUCCAUGAGCCUGGUCCUGGAUGAGUUCUACUCCAACCUGAGGGUAGUGGGCGUGUCCUCGGUGACAGGAAACGGAUUGGACGAGUUCCUGGUGAAGGUGCGGGAUGCUGCUGAGGAGUACGACAGGGAUUAUCGACCAGAAUAUGAAAGACUUCGCAGACAACUGAUGGACGCUCAGAGUCAGAAGCAGCAAGAGCAGCUGGAGAGACUGCGGAAGGAUCUCGGUGCCGUGGACAUGUCGACGUCCGUUUCAGAAAAAGUCGAGGUGGCCGGACCCAGUGACCUCAUUAUGACCCGCGGCGCCCGUGACUCCGACGACGACAACGGCAUGGACAGUGACACGGACGACAUUGACCACAGCCAAGCGGAGGAGAGCAAAGAGAAGAACGCCUUUGGGAACUUCCUGCAGGAGCGGAGGGAGGUGGUUCAGGUCCGAAACCGCAAGUGUGGGUUGCCAGAAAGCUGAACGAGUCGCAUCAGUGGGACUCAAACCAGUUAGUGUUUCCUGAUGGGCAAGCUGGUGACUUUUAUAAAGCCAAGUGAGCCUGCAAAUAAAGCCAAUAUU